AUGGAGAAAUUAGAAAUUUCUACUGUUAAUCAUCAUGUCGGUUCAACCGAACGAGUAUUUGUUGCUCAUGUUAAUGAUUUAAAUGAUUUCUAUUUACAUUCUGAUCUAGAACGUGAAUCACUUUGUAAACUAGGUCAAGAUUUAUAUAAUGAAUAUUCUCAAUCAUUCACAGAAUCAUCGGGAAUCAAUGAAAUACCCAAUGUAGGAGAUUAUUGUGCAUGUCCAUCAGAAAGUGAAGAUUGGUAUCGUGGAUUAAUACGACAAAUCGAUCAUAAUAAUAAUGCAGUCGUAUUUAAAUUAGAUUAUGGUGAUGUACAAUGUGUACCUAUAUGUUUUCUUCGACCUUUACGAAAACGUUUUUUUCAUAUACAUCAUCUUGCAUUUCAUUGUUCAUUAGCUAAUUUAAUUCGACCAGUAAAUGGUUGGUCAUCAGAUAUAAUUGAGGAAUUUCGUUCACGGUUAACAACAACAUUUCUUUAUGCAAAAUUUAUAAAUUAUAAUGCAAUAAGAAAUAUAUCUGAAGUUGAAAUAACAGAAAAAAGCUCAAAAAUACCAUUAAACAAAGAUUUUGAACAAUAUCAAAUGCAACGAUCAAUAUUACAAGCAGAUGAUGAAUUUCUCUAUAAAUCUAUUUCGAUGGAAAAAUUAGAUUAUUCUCAAUUAUAUCAAAUUCGUAUUCUUUAUUAUAUAAGUCCAAGUCGUUUCUAUGUUUAUCUACAUGACAAAUUAAAUGCACAUAUGAGUUUUCAAAAAGAAUUACAAGAUACUAUACAAGACUGUCGAGUUGUAUCAUCACCAACGAAAUAUCAAAUAGUUGCUGUACAAGAUAAUUGUGCUAUUUGGCAUCGUGCUGUUAUCAUAGAUUUUACAUCUGAUUUAUCAACAGUUUGUGUUUAUUUUACUGAUAUUGGUCAAAAAGAAUACACUUCAAUAAAUAAUAUUCGUCAUUUACCAGAAGAAUUUCGACAUAAACCAGCUUUUGCUAUACCUUGUCGAUUAUAUCAAAUAUGUUCAAUUGAUGAAAAUAAUGCAUUAAUAUGGAAAUCAGAUGAUCCAGUACAUGAUGAAAUAAAUAGACUUUUAAUUAAUAAUGUUGCAUGUAGAAUAUGUGCAAAACAAGAUCAAAUAUGUUAUGAUGUAGAAAUUGAAGUUCCUAAGGUAGGAGACCUUAGUGCAUUUCUUAUUGACAAAAAAUUGGUUUCUCGAACAAAAAUGAAUCCUUCUCAACGUCCAAACUAUGGAUCAGGAGGUCAAGCACAACCACAAUCAUUUGUUCGAAAUCAACUUGGUUUAACCGGACUGUCUCCUUCAAGAACACAACAACCACCGAGAUUUCCUCAACCAACUAACUAUCCCAAUAAUGGAAAUAAUAUGAUUCAACAAACACAAACACGUACAUCAAAUCCUGGAUUAUAUAAUAAUAGCGUUCAACAACCUCCUAGUGCAUCAUCAAAUUAUGGUUCAUCUUUCAAUAAUUCCGCAGUACAACCUCAGAAUGGACAUUAUAUAAUAACACAAGUUCAUAGUGCUCUUGAAUUUUAUGGUCUUCCUCAACAACGUGUAGGUGAAUUAGAAAAUGUAUCAAAAUAUUUUGAAGACUAUUAUAAUAAUUCUAUGAACGAUCAAUCAAUAAAUGUGAAUUCAAUUGUUGAAGGUAACAUUUAUGUGAUACAAUCAGGUGAAAAAUAUCAUCGUGCUAUAAUAAAACAUUGUGAAAGUAAAUCAAGAGUAUCAGUUAAACUUAUUGAUCGUGGUGAUGAAAUUAUUGCUGAUUCAUCAGAGUUAUUACAAAUUGAGAGAAAAUAUUCUUUAUUACCGGUAUUUGCUCAAUCAUUCCGUUUACGUAAUUAUGAUGAAGCACAAAGUACAGCUAAUAUAACUCGAAAUUUAAAAAAAUUAAUACUUAAUCAGCAUGUUCGUAUUGAAUUAAGAGGACCUAUUACUAAUGGAUUUUAUCCUGUUGAAGUAUUUUUAAAUGAUAAUCGAUCUGUUAAUGAAUUAUUGCUUUCAAAUGAUAAAAAUGUAACAACACCUAUUGCAAACACUAAACCUACUUAUAAUCAACCACAACAUACUCAUAUUGAAUCACAAGUAUUUAGUAAUUCAAAUAAACAUCAUUCAACAAUGAGACAAGAUUUAUCUGGUGGACAUUUUAAUAUGAAUCAACGAACAAAUGAUAUCUUACCAACACCACCAAGAACAUUAACAGGUGCAUCACGUAUGCAAUCUGGCCGAUUUAGUGGAGAAAAUCAAUCAUUAUCUAAACCACCUGCGUCUAAUGAACAAAUGGCACGUUUUUCAAGUACUAAUAAUCGAAAUCAACAACCACAAACAGCAGAUCCAAUGUGGAAUAACCCUAAACCGACUUUUGAUAAUAAUAAUAUGACAAAUCAACAAUCAUUUGGUCGACAACCACCAGGUCUAUCUCAAUUUAAUAAUAACCAAAGAAUGGAUGAUAAUAAAAUAUCUUCUACAAAUCGUUUUCCAUCAUCAAACUAUGAUAAUCAACAAUCAUCACCAUCAUCUGGAAAUACUUAUAAUUAUGAUCGUAGUGAAAAACAAACGAGUGGAUAUAAUUAUCAACAGAAUAAUGAUGAAACCAAUGAAAAUAAUGUUCGGCGAAGUGAAUUUAGUAGUCGUGGUAGUAGUAGUAAUAGUUUUGGCGGUCGUGGAAAAGAUUUCAGUAAUCAACGAGGUCAAAGUGGCUUUAGUAAUCGUAAUAUCGGUAGAAGUGAUGAUGAUAAUAAUAAUGAAAAUAGUUUUCAAUCCUCAGGAGGAUUCUCUAGAGGACGUCCUGGUGGUUUUGGUGCUCGAGGUGGUGCUCGUGGUGGACAUUUUCCGGAACGAAAUGGUAGCAAUAGAAAUCCAGGUGAUGAUUAUAAUGAAAAUAGUAUGCAACGCUCACAAAAUUUCAGUAGUAAUCGUGGAGGACGUGGUACCGGUGGUGGCUUUCAAAAUCGUCGAGAUCAAGGAAAUAAUCCUACAGAUGGAGAUUUUGGACGACGAGGAGGUGGAUUUAGUACACGUGGUGGUCAACGCGGAGGCGAACGUGGUGGUCGAGGUGGUUUCCGUAACGAUCGUGAUCGUAAUGAAUUUCAAUCAAGUGCAGAUAAUAAUUCUUCAAAUAAUACUUGGUCAAGUAUACGACCUGCACCUGUUAAUUUCGAAGCUGGUGAUCGUUUUAUUGAAAAUGAAAUACCUAAAGAAGCUUUUAAAUUUGUUAUUAGUCAUAUUGAAACAGCGAAUAAUGUUUUUAUUCAAUUAUUAUCUAAAGGUGAUGAUUUAACGAAAUUAACUGAAUCUUUACAAAAUGAAUAUAAACAAGCACCAGAAGUUGGUUUAAGUUCAUUUAAACAAAAUCAAGCAUGUUUAGCUAAAAGUUCAGAUGGAUGUUGGUAUCGAGCUAUUGUUCUUUCAACUGGUUUAAUUAAAUUAAAUGUUCGUUUUGUUGAUUUUGGUGAUACAACUGAUGUUAACGCAAAUUCUAUUCGACCAUUAGCAAAAAAAUAUUGUUCAUCAGCUCCCUAUGCUUAUCCGUGUACAUUUAAAAAUGUCGAAGUUGUUAAAAAUAUCAGUACAGACAGCAUUGUUGAGAAAUGUGUUGCUAAAGAAUUUAAGGGAAAAAUCGAAACUAAAAAUUCAGAUGGUAAAUUUCUUCUUGAAUCAGAAGAAUUUCUUAAAAUGUUACUUGGAAUAAAUGCAAUUAAAUUAAAAUCUCAAAAGUCAUUUAAACUAAUAAAAUGUAUCAUUGUUCAUAUUGAAUUUGAUCAACAACGAUUUUUUGUACAAGAUGAUGGAGACACAAUAGACAAAAUCGAAGAACUUAUCGCAAUUGAAGAUGAAAAUUCUCCAACACUUUCACUUGAUGAAGUCAAACAAUUAGAACCCAAUACAAAAGUUAUAGCAACAUUUGAAGAAGCACCAUAUCGUGCUAUUAUUCAAUCUGAUGAAUCUGAAGAUAAUGUUAAUAUAUUUUUUAUUGAUUAUGGUAAUACAAGUUCAUGUCCAAAAACAUCACUUAAACGAUGUAGUGAACAAUUAAGUUCAUAUCCAUAUCAAAGUAAACAAUGUCAGUUAUAUGGUAUAUCAUCUAAUGAAAUUGAUAAUGCAUUUAAAUGUCUUCAAGAACAUUUAAAUGAAACAGAACUUGAAAUUGCAAUUGUUAAUGAAAAAGAUAGUUUAUAUAAUGUUCGUGUUUAUAUUGAUAAUGAAUGUAUGAAUGAAAAAUAUGGUUAUGAUCCAAACGUCACGGAAAGUAAUAAUAUCGAGAAAGAAAAUAAUGAACAAGAACAAGAACAAGAACAAUUAUUAUCUGUAGCUGAUCAUCAAACAAAUGAUAAUAGUGUAACAACAAAUGAAAGUAUAACAGAUGUAUCAACAAUUGUAACCCCCGAACAAAAUGUAACUGAAACGGAAGAAACUCCAUCAAAAUAUCGUCAAGGACUUCUAACUCAUAUUGAACAAACAAAACCGUAUGUUUAUCUUCAAUACAUACCUGAAUCGGAAGAAAUCCUCGAACAAAUAAAUCAAUUAAUUGGAACAAUUACAGAAGAAGAUAAACAUAAUUCAUCAUAUGAAAUAGGCGAUCAUGCUAUUGCUCAAUUUAGUGAAGAUGAUAAUUAUUAUCGUGCAAGAAUUGAAUCUUAUUGUUCAACAUCAAAAUUAUAUACAGUUUAUUUUCUUGAUUAUGGAAAUAUUGAUACAAAUGUUCCAAUCGAACAUUUAUAUUCCUAUUCAAAUGAAUUAGAACAAAUUCGUCCACAAGCACAUGGUUAUGUAUUAGAUGCAAUUUCUUCUGAAACAUGGCAAAAUACUGUUCGUUCAUUUGUCGAACAAAAUUUAAAUGAUGUUGUCGAAUUUUAUAUUACUGAUGAAAAUCAUUCUUCAAUACAAAUGAAAUUUGAUUAUGAAAAUCAUACUUCUAAUGUAAAAGAUAAUAUUGAACAAACAGAAUCUUUACCAACAGAACCAAUAAAAACUAUUACAGCUAAUAUAUCAGCAAUAGAUAAUGAUUAUUUUUAUAUUCAUACAAUUCCAGAUGGAAAUUUACAUGUUUGUGAAUUGGAAGAUAUUUUACAAUCUUGUGAAAAACAACAUAAUGAUCAAUGGUUUAUUAAUGAUAUAUGUAUUGUUUCUAAUGAAGAUGAACAAUAUUAUCGUGGUCAAAUACUUUCUAUUAAUGAUGAUAAAUAUACUCUAAAAUGUAUUGAUUAUGGAAAUAUUUUACAAGAUGUAACUAAUGAACACUUAUUUAAAUUACCUGAUGAAAUUAUUUACAAACAAUCACCAUUAGCACAUCAAUGUCGAUUAAAUGGUAUUGAUGAUGAAAAUCAAACGAAAGCAAUUGAAGAACUUAUUAAAAAUAUUCCAUUAACUGAACAUGUGACAAUUACGAUUGAAGAUGAUCGAAAUAAUCAAUGUUCAUAUGUAACACUUACUAGAGAAAAUAAAGAUAUUGUUAAUAAUCAAUAUCAAUGUGAUAAUCAUGAAAAUAAGCCACAAUCAGAUAAUGAUGAAAAUAAUGAAGCACUACUCGAAAAAUCACCCGAUUCAGUUCAUGAAACUGAUAUACCAACAAUAAACAAUGAAGCAUUACUCGAAACUUCACCCAAUUCAGUUCCCGAUACUGAUAUACCAACAAUAAACAAUGAAGCACUACUCGAAACUUCACCCAAUUCAGUUUCCGAUACUGAUAUACCAACAGAAAAUAAUGAAGAAGAAAUAACAUCAGAAAUAAAACCUCCAGAUAAUGAUAAUCCAACAUCAAAUAAUGAAGCGAUUGAUUUAAAUGAAAAUGAACCAUCAACAGCAAUAAAAGAUGAAACAAAUAAUUCCAUAUCAUCGGAUUAA